AUGGCCUCCGCGGGCGGCGCGGACGACCUUCUCCGCAGCGCGCGGCUGCAGAUCUCGCGGCUGCGCGAGGAGGUGACGCAGCUGGGCCUGCCAGCGCCGCGCCCCGCGUCGCCGCGCAGCCCGGCGGCGGAGGAGCGCAGCGGCUCUCCUGGGCGAGCGGCCGCGCUGGCCUCCCACUGGGGGCAGCCGCGCUGGUCUCCGGGGGCCGCGGGGGAGGAGGCGCCGUCGCCGGGCGAGGUGGAGCGGCUGAGAGCGCGGGCCGGGCAGCUGGAGCGCCAGCUGCGGCAGCGCGACGGGGCCGAGGCCGAGCUGCAUCGGGCCAGGAGUUUCAGGAGAGCCCACCUCUCUCAUUCCUGGCCUGUGCAGGGCUCGCCGCACGGACGCAUAGGAGCAGUGAAAGUGAAGUCCUCUCAGCACGACCUCGCUUUCAUUGUGAGCUACUUCCCGUUUCGGUGCACCGAGGCAAGGGGCAUCCCGAGGACAGGCGUGACCACGAUAACGGGCUGGUAUCCAUGCGGCCCCACCUUCCAUAGGCACGAGAGCUCCAGCUACAGCGACCACCUAGCGAUCUUGGCCCCGCGGUUGCAGAGAUUGCAGCGGUGUGCGAUCGCCUGCAGCCUCACCCGCAGAGUACGCGCAACCCCGUCCACCGCGAUGCUUGACCACAGGAUAAUCGCGGCGGAAAUAGACUGCAAGCCCACCUUCCAGGCCCCCAGGGUGGACGCGACAAAAUGGGACUACUAUUCGCCCAGCAAAGCGCUGAAGGAUAAGGAAGAGGCAGAGGUGUUCAGGAGAGAAGUCGAGCUGGCGUUGGAGCGGCGCGUACGCGACGCAGGACACACGGAGGUCACCACCUGGAUGCGGGAUCACGCGCUCGAGUCUUCAUGGGCAGAUAUGGUCGAGCAGGAGCAGUUCCUCGCGAAGGCCGCGGAGCAGGACUACCCGAUCCACCCUGAGAUGGAGCGCUGGGAGGCGGCCAACCUAGACCUCGACAGGGCGGGGGCGCCCGCGGUGGGCAACGCGCUGCAGCGGCGCCUCUCGGCAGUGAAUGUCAGCCAUAUCGCCGCGAAGCACGACGUGGCGAACGCACUUGCCAGCGUCAGCCACGAGCACCUCGACAAGACGGCGUGCCAGAUGUAUCGGCCAGGGGGCGCGCGGAUCACGCUCGCCAGACAUCGCUGCGCAGCAUGCGCUGUGAACCCGCGCGACGGGGGAGGCACCUUCGCCCGCGCCGCGGGGUGCUUCAUGGGCGAUUCCGACGCGGCCGCCAAGUUCAGGGUCGCGUUUGAGCAGCCGGCGCAGGUGUGGGUGAUCGGAGCGGCGGUCUCGGGCCUUGAGGCGAGGGCCCUCGCGAUGGACCAGAAAAAGAAGCUCGAUUCGGGCGCGGCCAGGCAUGCUAGCGCGCUGCGCCGGGGGAUCGCGAUCUAUAGGCAGCUGAAUGAUGAGGUGCCGGAGCUGCUCGCCAAGUUCUUGAAGUGCAACAUGCAAUUCCGUGGACAAUGGCUCGAGCCCCCGAAGGAGACCCCCAUCGGGCUCCACGAGGCACUCGAGGAAGACGCAGCCGAGCCGUGCAAGAUGGAGCUGCAGACGAGAGGAGACGGGCAGUCACGCGCGGCGUCGGGAGCAAGGGCAGCAUCGGCAGGCAGCGCGAAGAAGGAAAACCCGAAGAUCGUGGACACUUCAGAGCUCGACGGCAUGACUGUUGAGAUCAGGGCAGUCCAGAAGUACCUCACAGGUCUCCCGUUGGCGGAGGCCGACAAGAGGAUCACAGAGAUGGGCCCCGACUCAGUGGCGUUCCGCGCGGGGCUAUUCGAGGGCGUCCUAGCGGCGGGAGUGGCGGAGAGGCGCACGUGCAAGACGCAGCUCGAGGAUCGCAGAAAGCAGCAGCAGCAGAAGCAGGUCAGUGUCCUGCUGAUGGGAGAGCUCGAGCCGAUGGUGAAGAUCACAGGCUGCCACGAGAUAUGCAAGGUCAAGCUAGUCCUGGGCGUCGCGAGCAGCAAGGCCCGCGACCAGCCAGUGCAUGAGGCGCUGGACCAGGUGGGCGCAGCCUACGAGCAGGGCAUGGCCCCGAAGGGCCAAUGCGAGUGUCUGGUAGACACGCGAUACCACGAGCUCGAGGUGACGAUGGAGAAGCAGGCGUCAGGAGCAGGCGUCAGGAACUUUGCGGGGCACAUGGUCGUCACGAUUUUCUCCAGGUGCCUGCAGCCGCUGAUGAGCAUGGCGGAGGAUUUCGUGGUGACGGACUUCAUACGGUGCCGUGCGGAGGCGCGCUCCUCGGAGCUGGCCUUCUCGGAGCUGGCCUCGGUGCGGGCGGAGCUCCUGGCCGCCGGCUCCGAGCUGCGGGCGGCCCGCGCCGAGUUGACCGCGGUGGCGGAGCAGCGCGACGCGGCGCUGUCGGAGCUCGCGGCCGCGCGCGCGGCGCGGGGCGCGGCCGCCGCCGCGCCGAGCGCCCGCGCCGCGGCCGCGGCGCCCGCCCGCGCCGAGGCGGCCGCUGUGGGCGGCGGCGGGGAGGCCGCGGGCUGCCGGGGCGCCGCGCGGGCGGCGCCCGACGAGUGCCCGCAGGAGGGCGCCGCCACCGUCCGCAGGAUCGAGGAGGCCGUUGCGGCGGCGAUCGACACCAAAUUAGAGUUCGUGCAGAACCAGCUGGACGCGCUGAAGGCGGGCUCCGUUGACCCUUCCAGUGCGGGAUCGGCUGACCUGGCGAUGGAUGAUGGUGCUCGUCCUGCACAUGCUGGUGGAGGUGGAGGUGGCGGAGGCCCCAGUCGACAGGCACCCACGGAUGCAUGUGUGCGCUUCCUUGGGACCUUCCCGAGGCCGCUGCUGAAGAAGGCGAGGGAGAAGCACUACAAUGAGACGGUUCUUGCACGAUGUGCGCAUCUAUUGAAUGGAGUGACGCCCUUCUUCCACGGCAUCUCGCAGAGCUACAAGCUCACCUUCCCGACCACCGUCGCCGCGAAGACAUUCCAGCAGAGAUGCAACGAGGACGGCGGCCAUGACUGUGGACAAUCGUACUCAGAAGACAUCAUCGAUUCGCUGCCGAUGAGGCAGAGAGCUUUCAAUGGCAUCUUCGAGCCCUUCCUGAAUGAGUUGAAGAAGAGCCCCAAGUGGGGCCCGUCAUGCCGCCUGGGGGUGAACGGAUUCAAAGGAGUUCUAUUGGUUCGUGAUGAUGAGGACAUCUGGGAGAUCGUCGCAGCCAGGGACAAGUCGAAGUCGGAUGUGGAGUUCAUUCCAAUCCAUGAGGAGCUCGCCGAGUGGGGAAUCAGCGCUGAGACGGCGUCCUCCAUCAUCGAGCGGGUCCGUGCGCAGCUCUAG